AUGAUGGACUGGUUGCGCGAGUACAAUCUAGCCGACGUGGAACCCUUCAUCGAAGCCGUGGACAAGACAAGGUUGCAGUACUACGACGACGAGAUAGACAUUUUUAAAGAUGCGGUAAGCAUUCCAGGUGUGUCGAUGCGCUACGUUUUGAACAAGUCUCUACGACUGAACCCAAAGUUAGAGCUCUACGCCCCAAGGGAGCCGUGUAAACACAAGUGUAAUAAAGACUGCUACCAAAGGUCUUGCAAGGUGUGUAAAAAGGUGCAAAAGGCUUGCACUGAGUGCACGAAGAAUGAAGCCUACGAGCUCUUGCAGACGGGUAUGGUGGGAGGGCCUACCAUCGUGUUCUGUAGGUACCACGAGAGAGACGUGACAGGUAUCAGAUCCCACAUCUAUGGUCCAAACAGUAAAAAGUGCAAAACCAUUCUUGGCUAUGAUGCGAAUAUACUGUACCCGAGUACGUUGAUGCAAGACUUUCCUUGUGGGAAGGAGAAGCUGAUCAAGAUCAAAACACCGACAGCGAAACACAAUCUCGAGCUACUAACACAAGGUGUGCAAAAGGAGCUGUAUGAGAAAUUCAGUGAGAUGCCUCCACUGUUUGUCCUGAAAGAGAUACCCGACGAUCAAAUCCCUGAGCACAUGCAAGAGUACCUAAAAGCAACAGGGCGAAAGCGUGUUUCAGGUACGCGUAAGCUUCUAGGCUUGAUGAAAGAUAAAAAGAUCUUGCUGUACACUCCGGUGCUAAAGUGGUACCUUGACCAUGGCCUGAAAGUGACUGCUUUUCACCAGUUCAUCAAGUACACUCGAGAUAAUCCAGUUGCAUGGUUUCCGAAAGAGAUUGCGGAUGCACGACGACAAGCGGAUAAAGACCCUGACAAGCGUAUUGCAGGAGAUACAGCCAAGUUGAAGGGGAACUCAUUCUAUGGAAAAAUGAUCGAAGAUCUAGCGAGGCACGCUAAUACUACGUUUACCAGAGAUGAAAAGAAGGUGGAUGCAGCAAUGAGAUCGCCGUACCUUGAAGACCUUGAAGAGACAGGAGUUGCGUACGAGAUCAGAAAAGGAAAGAAAAAGGUGCAUAUCGACAGAGCAUACCAGUGCGGCAUUGCGGUGUACCAGCUGGCCAAAUUGCGCAUGUUGGAAUUUUACUACGACUUCAUUGACAAGUACGUGGAUCGUCGAGACUUUGAAUACAUUUACAUGGAUACAGAUUCCGCCUACUUUGCCAUCAGCGGAGAGUGUUUGCGAGAUGUCGGUCGCACUGAACUGCUUGACGAGUACGACAAAGACGUAAAAAACUGGCUCGUCACUGAUAAGUACUCGAGUCAAACAGGAGAGAUAUUCAAACUAGAAUUUAUAGGUUUUAGAAUGAUAGCUUUGACAGCAAAGUGUUACUUUGUGGAAGGGAAGAAAGACACAAAAUUCUCCUGUAAGGGCAUGUCGAAGAAGCAGAACGCUAUGACAUGGGAGAGGUAUAAUAACGCGUUGAAUGGUUCUAUUGACACUGCGAAAAACGUAGGUUUCCGACUGCGCAACCAGGGGAUGGUUACGUACGAACAAAACAAGCUGGGCCUCUCGGCGUUUUAUGAUAAGCGGAAGGCGUCACGGGAACGUAGCAAAUGCCCGCAUAAAAAACAUAGACACGGAUGCUCCAUAUGCGAUCACCCUGCUUAUCAGUAUAACCUCAUUCUAAAUAAAAUUCACAAGGCUCUAAUGUAUGAUAGGGAGAUCUCUACGGAGUACCUGGGGUGCGGUAUCUGCACAUUUAUCGGUCAUAUCCAGGAUCAAUUCAAAGAUGGGAUGUGCUGUGGAAACCGAGGGCAGUGGCAGUUUGAUCACAAGGUGCCACUAAAAUACAGAGAGAACGGAGAAUACCCCAGCGAGGAGGUGCAAUUAGCAAGGCUCCACUAUACCAACAUGCAACCCUUGUGGACCGAGGAUAAUCAAAGCAAGGGCGAUCGAUAUAUAUCUGGCUCGAAUUAUAGUAAAAUUGUGGGAGCAGGCUUAGAUCCUGGCGGAAGGGUAGGAGUGCGCGAGCGAGAGCACGUCCUAACUGGAAGCGGCCGUCUCGCCCCGGCUUCUCCCACACUUACAAGCACGACAUUCUGUAUAGAGUAUAAAGAGCAAGUACACGCUAGGCCUGUAAAGCAGGACAGCACUGAAAAACACCUCGGAUAUGGUGAACCAAAGGCUUUGAGUCUCACAGAAUCAAAAACCCUCUGGGUUCAAACAACAACAAAAACAACAAAAACCUAG